AUGGCGAAACCUGCACCGAAACUGAGUGAUAUAUCGAUAAAGUUCACCGAGGAAACGCUAGAUGAAAUCGUGCGCAGCGCUGGCGGUAAACGGUGCACCGGCUGGAAGCUGCACGACUAUGACCUCACCAAGGGAGAUGCGUAUUUGAGCGAAGUCUACCGAAUCCAGCUGACCGGCGAACCGGCCGAACCGGACACCGAGCCGAUGGUGGUGAACGUUUUCGUGAAGACUAUUCCGAAGAACGUGGGCCGGCGGAGCACCUUCCGGUCGGCGGAUUUCUUCCGCAACGAAAUCAACUUCUACAAUGUUGUGCUGAAGGAGUUGUACGGGUUUCAAGAGAAACGAAAACCGAAGAACCCUUACAAGGACAUUGGCAGAUGCUACGUAGCGUAUUCGGACGGCGUAAACGAUUUCGUUGCGAUGGAGGAUCUCGGACAGUAUGGCUUCGGGACGGCUUCAAGAGCCGAGGGUAUCGGGUUGGAGGAUUGCCUACGGUGUAUGCGCUCGCUGGGACGCUUCCAUGCCCUGUCCCUUGCGCUGAAGGACCAAGAGCCGGAACUGUUUCACAAGCUCGUCCAGCACCACGUGGAGGAGACGUACUAUUCCGCGCGCCUUAAAUCGUGGUACAACAACUUCUUGCAGGUGCAGCUCGACAUCACCCGCGAUGCAAUUGCCCGCGAGUGUCCGGGCAGUGACAUCGAGCAAAAGGUGAACAAAUUUUUCGACUGCGAUCUGUACGACCACAUGGUCUACCUAACGCACACGCGCAACCAGAACUCGGUCAUCAAUCAUGGCGACUGUUGGAUGCCGAACUUCAUGUUCCACGAUAAGUCGUCCGACGUGCGCGUGGUUGACUUUCAGCUGGCGCGCUACAGUUCGCCGGUACUCGAUAUCUCCUUUUUCGUGUACUCGUGCACCAGCCAAACACUGCGGGAGGCCCACUAUCAGGAGUUGCUCGAAACGUACCAUGGUUCUCUGACGGACCUGCUGCGUGACCUCGGUUCCAACCCGGACGAAGUUUUCCCAUUCUCGGAACUGACGAAAGAGCUGAAGCAGUACGCACGUUUCGGCUGUGGAAUGGGAAUUGAGUCAAUUCCGUUUUCGUUGCUGGACGAAUCGGAAGUGCCGGAUCUGGAUAAGAUCACCGGCGAAGAUUCUGUACCGAUCGAGAAGAUUUGGAUUCUGCGCCCCAUUCAAAGCCAAGCCGGGCGGCUUCGGUUAAUCGACAUGUUCCGGCAUGCCAUUAGCAUGGGCUACUUGGAUUGAGUUGCUAAUGGUUGAGAGGGUAUUAUUUUAAUUUCACGAAUUUAAAAGAAAUGCUUGAUAUUACGAAUCUGCAAUAAAAAUACCUCAAAGGUAAUGAUAUA